UUUUGAAUUCGCGGUAGUGCCGUCCUGCCAACUUAUUUACAGUACUGUACUGUAAUUGCAAACUGUAUUAUGAAUAUGUUUUAAGUGGUUUUAAGUUUAAGGUUCAGCGGCCACUGUGAAAACCGUGAAUAUAUAAAACCACUGCGAAAGUUGCUGCAUUUCCAGUAUCUAAAGUUUCUAUAAAAAUUGUAAACAAACUCAGGCACAUGUUGGAGCAGAUCUAGAGCCAGCUUGGCCAGGUAAAGACAUGCACCUGCCAAGUGUAAUUAUGUGUAAACAAGAAACACACCUGCCAUGUGUAAUCAUGUGUAAACAAGAGACACUCCUGCCAUGUGUAAUCAUGUGUAAACAAGAGACACUCCUGCCAUUCAUGAGUGAAUAUUAAUCAAAACUGUGGCUUUAUGUAGGGCUGACCUUUUUGUGUGAACCGUUUAUUUAUUCAUGAGAAGCCCAAUAAAGCCUUGGAGGGGCAGCAAAAUGGCUGCUGCAUCGUCAAGACUUGGGGAGUUAUUCCACGAAGAACUGACCUGCAGCAUCUGCCUGGAGCUGUUCACCAGGCCCAAGGUGCUGCCCUGUCAGCACACCCUCUGUGAGGACUGUCUACAGGACCUUAUGAUAGCUAAAAAAUACCGGAGAUGUCCAAACUGUCGUCGGCAGGUCAGGCUGCCAGGUAAGGGGGUUGCAGGUUUGCCAGACAAUCUCAUGGCAGCAAAUAUGUGUGAGGGACUGCGAAACCAGGCCACACUGUCAGGGGAAACAACGGAACAGCCCCAGUCUGGAAACAGGUGCAGCUUUCACCCCUCUGAAGAAGUUACACUCUACUGUAAACAGUGCAGUGUGCCAGUUUGUAAUGAGUGUUUGGAUGUUCACCACAGCGAUCAUGAAACAAUAAGCUUGAAAAAAGCCUCCAGGGAAAGGAAGGCACUGGUUGAAGUUCUUAUCACUGAGGGGAGGAACAUCUCAGAAGCCUACUUUGCUUUUCUCAAAAGUCUGAGGGAGAAGGAAAAGUCCCUGGAUGAACAGAAGCAAGAGGCAGUUAACAGCAUCAUUCAGGCCUACCACCAAUUUCAGAGAGGUGAUUUGAAGAGAGACUAUGUUUUAUUUGUAGACGGAUUAAAAUACAAGAGAAAGAAAGAAGCAAUACAAGAGGAAAGGGACAGACUGCAGGCAGAUGUGGAUGAACUGUCUGCUGCCUGUGAUCGAGCAGAACAAGAAUUGCAGCAUGUAUGGACUAAUUUUCUUUUUCAGGAAACCAUUUUGGCAGAGUUGGUAGAAAAGCACAGAGGAAAACUCCAGAAAGCAGCACUUGAACAACGUCAGCUUGUAGCUGCUCUCUUCCAGCCCCCAGACACCCAAGUGCUGCCUAUGGUAACUGUUGCAGCGAUUCUUUUGGUUGCAAUCGGAGUCUUAUUAUACAGUCAACUGACAUUUCAGCCUCACCCAAAAACAAUACCUUUUGGUGGAGAGGGAUCAGGAACAGGACAGCUCCAUUUCCCAGUUGGUGUUGCAGUGUCAGAUCAGGGGGAGAUCUUUGUAGCUGACAGGGGGAACCAGAGGAUCCAAGUCUUCACCCUGCAAGGAACAUUUGUGAGACAGUUCCCAACAGUCACGUUGUGCAAUGAGAAGAUGACACCAGAUGAUGUUGCACUGGACGGAGAGGGGAACCUGUGGGUGGUGGGUACACAUCUAAAGUUCUCUAACUUUGCUGUACAGUACAACAAACAGGGCAGGGUGCUGAGGAAGUUUAACCUACAGAAGACUGGGUUUGCCCGAGGAGUUGCUGUGGACACCAGGAGGAACCACAUCCUCAUCACACAAACCACAGGUGUAUGGGACAAUAGACAUGGUGAAGUGUUGGUGUUCAGACCAGAUGGGACACUUGUGAGAACGGUGGGCCGAAAGCAGGGGAUGAAUCAUCCAUGGUACAUCACUGUGGAUGGGGAGGGGAACAUUCUUGUGUCAGACUCGCGCAAUAACUGUGUCUAUGUGUACAACGAGGAUGGACAGUUUUUAUUUCAGUUUGGAGAUGAGGUAACACAGGGAAGUGGUGAUGGUCAGCUGUUCUAUCCCCGUGGCAUCUGUACAGACAGCGCAGGUAACAUCAUCGUGGCAGACUGGGGAAACAGUCGUGUGGAGAUGUUUGACAAGACAGGCAGAUUCAUCAAACACAUCGCUACAGACACUUCAUUACUAAUAAAGGUAGUGUUAAACUUAAAGUCAAGGGAUCCAUGGGGUGUUGCCAUCGGACCACAGGGACAGCUUGUGAUGACUGUGGUUUCUGAGAACGCCACCCACAUUAUCCCGUCCUACUGAACAGCAAAACAACACCAAUUGCUGAUACAACUUGUUGGAUUGGAAAAAAACUUGCCCAAUGGCACUAUAACAAUCAAGGUUCAGAUGACAUUAUUUGACAAACAUAUUUUAAAGUGCAGAACUGCAGAAGUCUGCAAUGAUUAGCAGCUCAAUAUGAUAAAGAUCGAAGUAUG